AAACAAUGCAGUCAAAAUAAUUAUCAAUUUAAAAUAUAUAUCUCAAACCUAUCUACUAUUUUUUUAGCUAUAGUGGCUUUCGAAAUUCAGUUUCUUCAUAAUGCAAGCGGAAGGAAGACCCAUUAACCAGACGUUACUUAUAGAAGCAGCGAAGAGAGAAUGGAAGUUCUUCAAACUAUACACAGAUUUCCGACCUAACCUUAAAGUUGCUCCCAUAGCAUCGAAAUUCUAUGCCCGCCAUCAAAAAUUUGACGAAAGCUUAGUUAAGCAAGAAUAUGUGGACUUAUUAAAAAGGGUGCACUCACAAUUACCAAAGGAGCGAAACCCAUAUCCCGAAACAGAAAAUCAAAGGUAUGGGUGGUACCUAGAUCCGCUAAUCGAUAAUGGGUAUGAUUUCCGUAUCAAUUACAGAACCAAAAUGUCUGCCGAUAUCAAGCUAGCAAUUGAAAUGAAGCGAAUGACACAACAAAUGCGUUAAGUUAAAUUAACGCUCUAUUCC